UCCAUUCAUUCACCUCUCGUAUCUCUUCAGAAAACCAAGAAAAUAGAAUAUGGCUUUGACAGUACGUUCUUCUACUUCUUUUAGUAAUUUAAUAAAAGAUACCAAAAGUUUCAAAACUCUGGAAGAUUUCUCCGGCGUGGUUUGUUUUGCACAAAUCAGGCCAUCACGUCAUCUCCAAGCAAAGAGUUCGAUGCAAGAAGCUCAACUCACAAGCGAAAGAAACUUGAAUUUGGAAGAGAGGAGAAACGAGAACUUGGAAAAGCUUCACCGGUUAUCGGUUACUCAUGGAAAAAACGAUUCCAGGGUGCCCGUAUUUGUGAUGCUGCCACUCGACACUGUAUCAUUUGGGGGAAACUUGAACAAGCCACGAGCAAUGAAUGCCAGCUUGAUGGCCUUGAAAAGUGCAGGAGUUGAAGGAGUAAUGGUUGACGCUUGGUGGGGAUUGGUAGAAAAAGAUGGGCCUUUGAACUAUAACUGGGAAGGGUAUGCCGAGCUUGUAAAGAUGGUGCAAAAGCAUGGCUUGAAGCUUCAAGUUGUUAUGUCGUUUCAUCAGUGUGGUGGAAACGUUGGAGACUCUUGCAGCAUUGCCCUACCCCCAUGGGUGCUUGAAGAAAUCAGCAAGAAUCCUGACAUUGUCUAUACAGACAGAUCGAGCCGGAGAAAUCCUGAAUAUAUCUCCUUGGGCUGUGAUUCAUCACCAGUGCUUAAAGGAAGAACGCCUAUUCAGGUCUACACAGAUUAUAUGAGAAGCUUCUGUGACAGAUUCAAUGAUUACCUAGGAGAUGUUAUUGUGGAAAUUCAAGUGGGGAUGGGCCCCUGUGGAGAGCUCCGAUAUCCGUCCUAUCCAGAAAGCAACGGAACUUGGAAGUUUCCAGGAAUUGGAGAAUUUCAAUGCUAUGACAAGUACAUGAAGGCUUCACUACAAGCAUAUGCAGAGGCAAUCGGGAAGAAAGACUGGGGAAGAAAUGGGCCUCACGAUUCUGGGCAAUACAAACAAUUCCCUGAAGAGACUGGAUUCUUCCAAAGGGAAGGAACUUGGAAAAAUGAGUAUGGACAGUUCUUCCUGGAAUGGUACUCUAGGAUGCUACUAGAGCAUGGUGACAGAAUCCUAGCAGCUGCAAGAGGGAUAUUCCAAGGAACUGGCGCUAAACUAUCUGGAAAAGUAGCUGGAAUUCAUUGGCACUACGGAACUAGAUCCCAUGCAGCCGAACUAACAGCUGGAUACUACAAUACUACGUAUCGAGAUGGUUACCUGCCAAUAGCAAGGAUGUUGGGUAAACAUGGAGUCAUUCUGAACUUUACGUGCAUGGAAAUGAGAGAUAAAGAACAGCCAGAGAACGCAAACUGCUCACCAGAGGGGUUAGUUCGGCAAGUAAAGAUGGCAACUAAAACUGCAGGAACAGAACUUGCUGGAGAGAACGCACUGGAGAGGUAUGACGCAAGUGCAUAUUCGCAGGUUUUAGCAACAAGUAGAUCAGAUUCUGGAAAUGGAUUGUGUGCAUUUACAUAUUUGAGAAUGAAUAAGCAGUUGUUUGAAGGAGAGAAUUGGAGGCAAUUGGUGGAAUUCGUGAAGAACAUGUCGGAAGGCGGUCGCACAAGACUUCCAGAGAGUGACUCAAGCAGAACAAACCUUUACGUUGGAUUUAUAACAGAAAAUAAUGUGAAGGAAACAAAGGAGGCUGCUCUUGUGUAAAUAUGUGUGCGCGCGUGUGCGUGUGCGUGUUCAUGCAUAAUAGUGAAAAUUCUAAUAUAUACUAGACUAGAAAAGAAGAAGAGAGAUUCAAAAAAUAUUUAACAUAUUUUGCUAAGUUUUGUCAAUAUGCUACAGUCGUUACUUAAAAUCCUGCCUAUGAAGUUGACACAGGCUCAUUGUUGUGAGGGAACUUUGAUGACCCAUGAAAACUUAAUCAAGACAUUGUUCUUUACAUGAUUAAUAAUGAGUAUGUUGUUUCUAUUUAAGCAUUUAA